GGCCGUGGAGUUUAUCCACGCCUCUCUCGGUCUGCGCGUCUGUCUCGGAGCCACACUCCUAACUACGAAAACACGAUUUCCACGCGCGGAUAUCAUGCUGUCACAUGAAACGGCUGCUUUUUUAACCGACACACACGCCGAGCGGCCCUCGAUCCCGUCGCCCCGAUCCCCCUGUCUCCGCUCGGAAGGUGGGAAUCGUUGUUGAGAGACGGAGGAAAACAGGAAUGUUUCUUCCGGUCCCGAGAGUAUGAAAAUCGAACGGAAGCCGAAGUGGUCUCUGUAGUCUGUCAGAAAAGUCUGGUCCACCAACCUUCUCUGCUCAAAGUCUGGUCCUUCUUCACUGACUAGGACUCUGCUCCUACUCCUGGAGAAACCACGGAGAGCUUCUGAAGAGCGCAUCGUAACCCCCCUUCAGACACUGAGAGAACUUUAGCUGCUCUGCCAGAAGAUUGGGCGUCUAGCUGCCUUGAAGAAAAGGUCUAACUGCAGAUCCCCACACAGGUCCCCAACUAGCGCUUAUUCAGUGGGGAAGGAGGGGAAGGACAGCUGCCUAACACUGUGCCGCUUUCCCCGGAAAUGAAGCUGCAGGCCGUCAUGGAGAACCUGCACAGGCAGCAGAGGGCCAAGCUGCUGAUGGAGCAGCAGCUACAGCAGCAGCAAGCUGCCUCCCAACAAACUCAAGUGCGUGCGGGUGACGACCCGAUAGGCAGCCCGGCCCCCGAGGCUGAGCAGGCCCAGAUGGCGGCGCUGGCUGCCAUGCGUGCUGUUGCUGCUGGUCUGAAGAGGGUGUCGGACAGCCCCAUGUCAGAAAACAGCAGCGGCGGGGAGGAGGAGCCCGAAGAUGACAACGAUGAAGGAGAGGAACAGUACAAAGAAAUGAUGGGUUCUGAUGAAGAAGAGCAGAUCAAACGGAAAUGGGACGAAGAAGACUUUGAAGGUGAAAUGGAGGAAGACUUUGAUGAGGACAUGGCGGAGGAAGGUCUUCCAACGGGUCAUGAUGCCGUGGCCCCAGGGAAGGGUAUCCUGCUGCUGCCUCACCGCCAGCUACACCCCCAUGCCCAGCUUUUGAAGGUCCGCCCCAGCAUGGAGCAGGAGGCACGUUCAGUCGUCAUGCCUCCCCAUGCAGCACACAGCCACCUGGGCGGGCAGGACCAUGGAGAAUGGACGUACGAGGAGCAGUUUAGACAGCUGUAUGAGCUGGAUGCAGACCCCAAAAGAAAAGAGUUUUUAGACGACCUCUUCAGUUUCAUGCAAAAAAGAGGAACUCCCGUCAAUCGUAUUCCCAUAAUGGCCAAACAAGUUCUGGAUUUGUACAUGCUCUACAAGCUGGUGACAGAGAAGGGCGGCCUGGUGGAGGUCAUAAACAAGAAACUGUGGAGGGAGAUCACCAAGGGACUCAACCUGCCUACCUCAAUCACCAGUGCAGCCUUCACCCUCCGCACACAAUACAUGAAGUACCUGUACCCAUAUGAAUGUGACAAGAGAGGAUUGAGCAACCCCAAUGAGCUUCAGGCAGCCAUCGACAGCAACCGCCGGGAGGGAAGAAGACAGAGCUUCGGCAGUUCCCUCUUCACAUACUCGCCCAAUGGGACACCCACUAUGCUGUCGUCACCAAAGGUCCACACACCCAGCAUGAGCCUGUCAGUGGGCACAAACGGGGCACCACUGACCCCCACCCAGAAGAUCAAGAAAGAAGAGGAGGGAGGCCAGCCGCUGCCCGGGGUGGGCAUGCCUCGUCUGCCGACUGGAGCCUUGGCAGGUCACUCGGUGGCUGCAGCAGCAGCAGCCCAGGCGGCCAUGGCAGCUCAGGUGGUGGCUCUGGAGCAACUCAGGGACAAGUUGGAGGCAGGUGAGCCACCAGAGAAGAAGAUGGCUCUUCCAGUCGAGGAUCACCACCGCCUGCUUCAAAGAGCUUUGCAGCACAACCUGCUAGCCAUGACCGCUCAGAUACCUAUGAACAUCCGCAUCAACAAUCAAGACGGCAGGCAAGACUCGGCUCUGAACCUCACCACAAAUGGCACAAGCAGCAUCAGCAUGUCAGUGGAGCUGAAUGGAGUGAUGUACACCGGUGUUCUGUUUGCUCAGGCAGCGGCAGGAUCAGCCUCAUCCGGCGCUUCCACCGCCUCAUCUAUCUCCAACAAGCCUGUCAGCAGUCGUGUCGCUCCACAGCAGCAGCAACUUCAGCAGCAGCAACAAAUCACACCUACCUCAACCUCCAGCAACCCACUGUCUUAACAAACUCCCAGCCUUUCCACGUUUUUUUGUUGUUUUUAUUAUUACCAUGCUAAGAAAAAGCCAAAUAGCAACCUCAUUUUUUAUAACAUCUAUGCCAAAAAGAGAAGAACCCUCAUCAAUACAAAAAGACAAACUAAAAUUCUCCUCACUUGAAGUACACUAUCUCAGGUUUUCACUCCCAAACUCCUCUCUUUUGUUAUUCAUCGCCAAAAGGAUUCUAAAAGAAAAUAUCACAACCAUGAGCCAGUAUAUGCUAGACUAACACGUAUGCACAACCUGUGAAUUAUUUAUUUCUACAUAAGUGUACAGAUUAUUGGAGAACAAGAGAGAAGGCAACAACUAGGAAGGCUGAAGCAUUGUUUACACAACAGUACAGCUACUGACUGACAAUGAUGUUUUAUCCUCUACGAGAGAUUUUUUUAACCUUCAUUGUCAUUAUUAUUGUUUUUCUUUUUGUUGUGUUUGAUCGUUUGAAUCUUUAAUCCUCUCACUGCAGGACAAAAACUAUAUAUAUUUAGAAUUAUAUUAAAUGAAAAGAAGUAUAAAUAUCAUCUAUUUGUAAUCAAAAAAAGAGCUUUAAAGGUAUGUAUUGUUUCUUCAGGGCAUAUGACAACGCACAGUUGUGACCUCAUUUUGCGUAAAAUCAGAACCUUAUUCCCACGGCAGCCAUUUUGGAUCUCUGUGUAGGAGAAGCCGUCUGGUGCAGAUCUGUGUUCUGGCUGUGUAAUGAGAUAAAUGUCAUAUCAAUGCCACAGGGUCUCUCGUGGAUCUGAAGGAUCUCUUAAGGAUCUUUCAAUUAAUCACUUUUAAUACAGUUUCGCAUCCUUGAUCCUGACCGGAUUCUUGGUGGUGGGCUUUUACACGUUCAAUAGUUCGUGCUUGAUUUCGAGAGACUGCUUGCGCCCGUUUGUUGACACAAGGCCAGUUCGAGACAUAUCUCUGCCAAUCUUGCCGGUAGUUUGUCACGAUAAGUGUUUGCAAUGACUCUUUGUAGGAACAAGGUCAGCUCUGCAGGUGAUAAAACAAGUCGAAAUUGCUUGUUUGGAGUUCUUAUCUAAUAAAAUAACACAAGAAAUAACACAAGAUGAAUCUCAGGUGUCUAUUUGCUUUGUACAAUGCCUCACUGUUUCCAAUGACACUGGAGAAGGCAAUUCUUUUCCACCUCGUUUUUUGAGGAACUUUCAGUUUUAGUUUUCUCUCUGGCUUGGCCUUUUUGUCUUAAGAUCUCGCAUGUUUAAGGAAAAUUCUGAUCAGAAAUGAAGUGAUUUCCUGUCCUAAAUUUCCUGUGCCGAAAUGUCCACUUAGUCCGGAAUAUUGCGGAGACACGAGGACAAUCAGGUGUCAGGGGAAACAAUCCGGGCCUUAGGAGAAGUUUGACAGGCAUUUCAUCUCCUCUCUGACAAGUUGUUGUUUAUGUAUUAUAGAUUACAGAUGCUUUAAAGUUUAGCUUUGUGUUUUUGUAUGAUGUAGUGCUUCUUUUGACCCAAGUGCUUCUUAAUCUGUGCUGUGAUGAGGACCAGGUCUCUUUGAGGCCUGGUAUAGCAGAGAAUGAUCCUCUGAUUAUGUGGCUGUGGCCUAAUUGGGCUUUUUUAUAAUUAGGCCUGAGAGGUAACCAAAGCUAUGGCUGUGUUUGCUUUUGUCUUAGUGUUUGUGCAAAAUCUAAUUAUGAUUUAUGACAUCUGAGGCACCGGGCCUCUUCUAAAGUAGUUGCUUCUCUGCAUUUUGAAGAUCAAUCAUUCAGCUUUUUGAACUUUAACCCGGGUUACCUUUGUGGACUGUUAAAGAUUGUUACUCACCCCCUGACCCCAUAGGCUUCCCAGCCUCAUUCCUACCUGCCACACUCAAGAAGUAAAUCAGGAAGUGAUCGGGGGCUCUGGUCUGAGGCCUGGACACAGCAGGAGAUGAACAGAGAGUGAGCAGUACCUCCAUCUAAUCAGUUUUUACUGUUCUGGUCAAAUAUCACCAUAUGGCUGUCAUAUCUUUGAUUUUGGAGCGGCUUCGUUGUGGGAAGUCACCACCAGCUGCUACACAAACACUGGUCACCUUUCAAAAGUGCUCUUAGUCAAUAAAGGGGCUUACCGUCAGAUUGACAUCAGUAAAAUGAGCUUAAGGGGGGGUUGAACUCUGCAGCUUCUAGGAACUAACUAGUUUGAGAAGGAAAAAAAAUCAGAUCUUCCAUGGUUUUCAAAAUUAUAUUUAGUCAAAGUUUUUUCUAUGAAAACAAGCUGAUUUGAAAGGGUAGGUUUAAGAAGCUCAACAUCGGAAAGUGCAUUUCAGUAGAGCCCACAGAGAUGGACAUUCACUUUUGUCAGGGAUCCUAAUUUUUGUGACAUUUAUUUAGCACUUGUUUUAUUAAAAACAAGCUCUGUUCUUGUGAUUUUAUAGCACUGGGAUAUAUUUUUUUUCAGAGGGGAAAAAUACAUAAGUGAAUUAAUUACCCUUGGUAGUAUCUCAACAGCUUUUAAAUGUACAUUUAGUUUUUUUUUGCAUGCAUAAUCUAACUCCAGUUGAUUCCAGUGACAUUUAAUUAGUGAGUAGUAAUAGAGGCAUUAGUAUGCAAUGCUUCUCUGCAGAUGUACGCGUUUGCCACUAACCUACAUGUCCUCUCGGCUCAGUGUAAGCAGAUCAUGAUUAUUCUUGAUAGAAUAUUAGUCCUUGUGAGUUGCAGGUGUCAUAGUUGCUGCCUGACAAUCAAAUAGAAACCCUUCAAGAAGGAGGGGGGAGAACCAGAGAAAACCAAAUUUAAUCAAUCAAGAUCGAAAGGAUCAACAUUUCUUCUUUAGAUUUGACCCCGUGACCUUUCAGCCCCCAAGGCAACAUUCAAACACCUGCCCCCUUUCGGUCGAUCCAUCUUUAUUGUAUAUGUAUUGAGCGCUUCGGGGAUAUUUGCAUUUGAACAGUAGAAGUACUGCAGCACCGCUCGCUCUGUCCAUGACAGCGUUUUCAAGGGAGGUUGUCUUGCUUUAAAUUGCGUGGUAGCGACAAUCAGAAAAUUUUAUAGCAACACUGUAUACCUCUGAACACUCUCAACAUCCCAAACCAAGGUCCCUUUGUUCUACCUCAAGGACUAAAGCUUUUGCAGAUUGCUUUCCACCUUUAGUUGUAUUUAUGCAGAUAAACUAGUCAGCGUUUGCGGAUGCAGGCUGAUGGAGACAAUGAGCAGAACUGCAACAACCACAGACAAUCAGAUAUCAGGUUAAAUGUAGUUGUGCAAAAGAAAUGGAAGACUCAUUUUAAGCGGUUGGUUAUAGCGCCCCUUGGUGGAAGAUUUUGUUUUGACGCUCAGUGAAGCCUGUUUUUCCAUUGCUGGGCUGGACAAACCUUCAAAAACAGCAUUAGAUGACCACAAAACACUAAUACUACAGAAAACAAACUCAACCUUGAAGACUCAGAAGUUCUUAAAGGCUUUUAAAUUAGGAAGGAACACAAUAACCACUCAUUAUGUAUCCUCCAUUGUCUGUAUUUUGGGUGAUUUUGAUCAGCAGAAAUAAGUGCGUCAUGUAUUUAAACUAUGAGUGUAUCGCAGUGAAAAUGAUCAGUCUUUACAUGUGGCAUAAAACCUGGACUUUUGAGUUUUGAAAAAUCAUUUUGUUCCUCAACUCCACAUAAGUUUGUGUGCAUGGAGGGCCUUACAAUAGCUUACGAACUGCAUAAAACUGUUGCUUUAGUCCACUAUCAACAUUACCUUUUUGUUUGGAAAUGUAUUUUAAAGCUUGGCAAACUUUUUCUGGCUGUCAUACAGACAUUUUUGUCCUAAAGUCAAAUUUCAUGAUUCAACAUCACUACAAAUCCAGUCUCUUCUGACUGGUUUGCUUUCUCUUUGUCAUAUCAUGACAUAGUAACAUCAAAAACCCUUGAAAUGUUGCUGCUUUUACCCUCACCAGAGCUGUAGAUAACAUAACAUGUGGAAGUCUGGUUUGGACCGGGCACCUUGCUCUCACUCCUGUUCCCACAUGUUGCCGGCAUGGACAUUCAACCGGAACGUUGACAGGUUGAGUUGCAUGUGGGUUCUGGAUUGACCACUGACUUGACCUUCGUCUGGUGGCCUGUGAGCAGGGAAAAGGACUAUCAAAAAAAGUCAAGAUGCCUUCUGCUGUGACAAUUGUAUGAAUUAACCUGUAUUAUUCAGAUUCAUUACUUAGAUUAUUUCUGGAAUGUGGCUAUUAAGGGCAAUGGAUUAUAUUAUGUAUAUUGUUUUUGCUAUUUCUUUGCUUUGUUGGCAUCUUUUAGCAACUGAGGCACAGAGAGAUUACUUCUAGAGCAGAUUUAUGAACAGAGCGAUAAUGAUGACAAUGUGAUUAUUUUAGGGAAGUAUAUGAUAUCCGUGUGUGUGUGUUUGCGCUUGUGUGCAUGUGUGUGUGUGUGUGUGUGGGUGAGUGAAUUUGUCUGCAUGUGUGAGCUUUAGAUGUCUGUGUGUAUCAGAACGGAAACAAGGUGUCUGUUGUGUCUUACAACUUCUCAGGAAAAUCUACUUCUACCUCCAAUUUGAUGCAUUUAACCCAGUGAGGGCUCAAGUUACUGUUCAGCAAGGGUAUAAGGUUGAGCACCAUUGCCGGAGAUGGACUUUAGGAUAUUUUGUUCCCCUCUUUUUAUUUCUGCUGUUCAGGUAUUUGAGCAAAAGCAACAGUGAACCUCUAGCUCAACAGCUAACUACUACUAAUAGUACUACAAAAAGUACUGCUUUAUGUACCACUGUUUUGUGCGGCAAGUCUGUUUUCAAGUUUUUCCGUCUGCUCUCUUAAUGUGUGCUUUUUCUGAAAAUGAUUACAUUUUUUUCGAUGAAUGGGAUCUUUCCCGGUAACCACAACAGCAGUGAAGUGGCAGCGGGCAAUGCAACUGUUUGUUUUAUUUUAUUUUUCUGUGUUGUUUUUAUGACGAGUGAAGAGGUCUUCACCUUUUCUGUAUUCUAGAUUCUUGCCUAUAUACUCAAUAUGUGUUUGUGUGAAUACUUUUAUUUUGAAUCUGAAGUUAAUAAAAUAUCAUCUUUCUUAAAUGUCAACAAA